AAAACAACUCACACUGGAGAGAAACUUUAUGAGUGUAAUGAAUGUGGUAAAGCCUUUGCAUGUAACAGUCAUCUCUUGCUACAUAGAAGAACUCACAGUGGAAAGAAACCUUAUGAAUGUAACCAAUAUGGUAAAGCCUUUGCACGUAACAGUAGUCUUCUAGUACAUAAAAGAACUCACACUGGAGAGAAACCUUAUGAAUGUAACCAAUGUGGUAAAGCCUUUGCAUGUAGCAGUAGACUUCUAGUACAUAAAAGAACUCACACUGGAGAGAAACCUUAUGAAUGUAACCAAUGUGGAAAAGCCUUUGCAUGUAACACUGGUCUCCUAGUACAUAAAAGAACUCACAGUGGAGAGAAACCUUAUGAAUGUAACCAAUGUGGUAAAGCCUUUGCACGUAACUGUACUCUUCUAGUACAUAAAAGAACUCACACUGGAGAGAAACAUUAUGAGUGUAAUGAAUGUGGUAAAGCCUUUGCAUGUAACAGUCAUCUCCUGCUACAUAGAAGAACUCACAGUGGAGAGAAACCUUAUGAAUGUAACCAAUGUGGUAAAGCCUUUGCAUGUAACAGUAACCUUCUAGUACAUAAAAGAACUCACACUGGAGAGAAACCUUAUGAAUGUAACCAAUGUGGUAAAGCCUUUGCAUCGAACAGUCAUCUCCUAAGACAUAAAAGAACUCACACUGGAGAGAAACCUUUUGAGUGUAAUGAAUGUGGUAAAGCCUUUCCAUGUAACAGUCAUCUCCUGCUACAUAGAAGAACUAACAGUGGAGAGAAACCUUAUGAAUGUAACCAAUGUGGUAAAGUCCGGGAGGAGCUCAGUUUUCCCUUCAGCGUCUGUAGCUAUAGCAACGGCACUUACAUCACUCUUGACAGUGGAGGCUCGCACUGCGCCUGCGCCGAGCCUCGCGACAGCCCCUCCCCCACCCCACCCGAGAGGGCGCAGCCUUCGGGUUCCUCCGAGGCCUCUGGGACCCUCAGCUUGGACAGUGGGCGGCUGGGCGCAUUCUCACCACCAAGGCCGAGCUCUUAG